AUAUCAGUAAUUAAUGCUUAUUAUAAAACUUUGUUAACCUGAUUAUUUACAUAUUUUUUGACGUGGUCGUUUCAUAGAUUUUUUUUUUUUUUUAAAUAUGGAAUGUAUCAUAUCUCUCUAUAUAUAGACCUAGUUUCCUUGCAUAUUCCACCAUCAGUCUCUCAAAACAUCACUCCCAAGAAGAGCUAAAGCUAGCUAAGAUAUCACCUCUUAAUUAGCCUCUCUUUGCAAUUCUCAUGGAUUCCUCAUCAUUGUCUUCCAUUGAAUCUCUUGUCAAUGAGAUCAAGAAAGAGUUAGUGAUCUCAAACCAAGAUUUUAACAACACUUUUGUUAUCCAAACAUCUGCCUAUGACACUGCUUGGUUGGCCAUGAUUCCUUAUAAUAAUCAAGAAGCCAAUGGUCCUAUGUUUGAGAGUUGUCUAAAUUGGAUUCGCAACAACCAAAAUGAGCAAGGGUUUUGGGGUGAACCCAAUGGUGAAAAUCUUCCCACCAUUUAUGCUCUCCCUACUACUCUUGCUUGCAUGAUAGCACUCAAGAAAUGGAAUGUGGGUGAAAGCCACGUAAGGAAAGGGCUGAAGUUUAUUCAUGCAAAUACGGAUGCACUUUUGAAGGAGAAUUCUCAACGUUUCCCACUUUGGUUUACCAUUGUUUUUCCUUCAAUGCUUCAACUUGCAAAAGCACAAGGCCUCGAUACUAUUCUUGUUAAUGGAUCAAACGGAUUGUUAUCUGACGUCUUCAUGAAGAAGAAAGCAAUUCUUGAGAGUGAAAAAUUCAGUGGUCUGAGAGCGGGGCAAGAUCAACCCAUUUUGACAUAUUUGGAGAGCUUAUCACACAGUGAUAAUUGUACUGUUAAUGAAGCCAUUGAAGUCCUCAAACACUUAUGUGAAGAAGAUGGUUCUUUGUUCCAAUCUCCCUCUGCCAUAGCACAAGCAUUCAUGGCUACUGGAAGUACAAAAUGCCUUGAGUAUCUCAUGUCCAUUGUUCAGAAGUGUCCCAAUGGAGUGCCUUCAAGAUUUCCAGUGGAUGAAAUGCUAGAAAUGCUUUGCAUGGUUGAUAACAUACAAAGAAUGGGAGUAGCUCUGCACUUUGAGAAAGAGAUUCAACAAAUUCUUGACCAAGUUUACAAGAAUUAUCAAACGAACUUGCAAACUAAUGAGUACGUAUCACCAGAAACAAGUGAUUUGCCUGAGAGAUUAUUCAAGGAUUCAUUGGCUUUUAGGCUUCUCAGAUUGCAAGGCUACAAAAUAAAUCAAGGGAGUUUUUGUUGGUUUCUUAAUCAACCACACACAAUGGCCUACAUGGAAAAGAACCAAGAACAGUUUGCAUAUGUGAUGUACAAUGUGUACAGAGCCACAGAUCUAAUGUUCAAUGGAGAAUCUGAAAUGGAAGAAGCAAGAUCUUUCUCCAGAAAUUUUCUUGUAAACAAUGACAAUAUAUCAGUCCCUCCAGCACUUCAAAAAUUGAUUGAACAUGAGUUGAAUGUUCCAUGGUUUGCUCGACUUGAACACCUUGACCACAGAUUGUGGAUUGAAUUAAAUCAAUCUCUCCGUAACACAAUUGGAAAAUCCCCAUAUUAUUGGUUGUCCUAUCAGCAAAAUGACAAGUUAAUGCAGCUAGCCGUGCAAAAUUAUGAAUAUCGGCAGUCAAUUUACAGGAAGGAAUUGGAAGACCUAAAGAGCUGGUCGAAAGAGAAGGGCCUUGUAGGCAUUGGAUUUGGGAGAGAAAAAACUACUUAUUCUUAUUUUGCGAGUGCAGCAAGCAGCAGUAGUUUUCUACCUUAUGAAUCUUUUCUUCGAUUGGUUGUUGCAAAAUGUUCCAUAAUUAUUACUGUAGCUGAUGACUUUUAUGAUGAAGAAGCCUCUUUAAGUGAACUCCAAAUAUUAACUGAGGCAAUACAAAGGUGGGAUGCAAAGACCCUAGAUGGGCCAAGUAAGAUCAUAUUUGAAGCACUUGAUGAUCUUGUGUGUGAUGUUGCCAAAAUGUACCACCUCCAACACAAAAUUGACAUCACCCCACAACUUCGACACAUGUGGAAGGAGACAUUUCAUUCAUGGAUGAUGGAAAGUUUGUGGAGUCGAACUUCAAAUUUGCCAUCUAUGGAUGAAUAUCUAAAAGUUGGGAUGAUAUCAAUUGGUGCACAUAUUUUGGUUCUUCAUGCAACUUCCCUUGGAUGUCCAACAGUGCCAAGUGAAAACCUUGGGCCAAUUAAUGGACACUAUGAAAAUAUUACAAAGUUGCUCAUGGCCACCACCCGAUUGUUGAAUGACAUCCAAAGCUAUCAAAAAGAAAGAGAAGUAGGGAAGAUGAACUACACAUUACUUCACUUGAAUGAAAACCCUGAGGGACACAUUGAAGAUUCAAUUGAUUUUAUAAAAAAGAUCUUGGGAGACAAGAAGAAAGAGUUUCUUGAAAAUGUCCUAAUGGAUGGGUCCAAUGACAUGCCAAGGACAAUGAAGCUCCUUCACCUUUCUUGCCUAAAUGUGUUCCACAUGUUCUAUAAUUCUUGCAAUUUGUUUGAUACACAAACAACAAUACUUGAAGACAUAAUGAAAGCUAUUUACAUUCCUCUUCAGCAAGAACAACAAACUCCGAUGCCACCACCUUCAAAGCCUUUGCCACCAAUGUUACCACCUCAAGAAAACAAGAUUGAGAUUGCCAAAUUCAAUGCAUGUCUCAAUGGAAAAAACUUCAAACAACAAGUAGGUAAUAUUGGCAUUGGCAUAAGCUUCGUUGGAAGGCAAGCUCCUAAGAAUUAUAAUUCUUUUGGUUGGUCUACGAAAGGGUUUGCUUCUCAAAAGUUAAGAUCGUGCUUCCUGUGAUUGUCAGAAACAUCUUGAAACCAUUGUUGAUUAUUGUUGUUAUUGUUGUAUAAUAUGUAAUAUUGUAGUGAAAAUAACGAGUGUACGGGAGUCCCACAUUGUAAAUUGAUUGUAAAAGUAACUCUUGCUAGGAUCGGGAAUAACUCUAUUAAUAUUGAAAUUGUAAUAAUAAGAUAUAUCAUGUUUCAA